GUGCUCACAGUCAGCCACCAUUAUCAGCUCUUUUGUGUAAUGUAAGGGCGAACAUGUGUACCGAUGACAAAUCUGAAGCUGAAAACUGGAGCGUGCAUUACUGGAAUUGUCGGAGGCUACUUUCAGCGACACAACUUGUUCCAUGGAACGUGGUAGAAAACGCAGGAA